CUGGUUUUUGGUUAAUAAUCAAGCUAAUAUUGCAUCAAUGUCAACAACUUUCAUUUUAAACUAAUUGUGAGUUCGUUCCAUCUAUUGGUCAUUUUGGGUGAUUUUUUUGUCAUUUUGGCAAAAUUCACAUCAUUUAAGAAUUUUUUACAAACAUUUGACAUUUUAACUCAAUUUUGACCGAUUUUGGAUCAUUUGAGUCACUUUCUAGUCAUUUACAUCACAUUUUCACUUUUUGACCUAAUUUCCUGUUGCUUUGGGUAAAUCCUGUGACCUCCUGACAGAAGACAUCUCCAUCCUUCUCUCUCUUUCUUCAUGAUGUUCUGGUUGCACAGAGCUGCAGGACUUAAUGAAUAAAAAUGAAUAAAAAUAUAUUUAACAAAACGAACCUCAGUGAGUUCAAAUGAACCAGGAGUUAAAAGCACCCAGAAAGUGAAUGUGAAAGAGUCUGAAGCUCCAGACGGAUUUUAAACGGAGGCGAGUCCACCUCAUGGAGCGUUUUGUUAUUUAUAGCCGAGCGGGACAGGAAGGAAGCCAAGCGGCAAACACAAGGCUCACGCAUGACGCUUUUUAGACCGGGGUAAAUGACCAGAGGUAACGUCCAUGAAGGCUGCUAGUGGGAGGUUUACCCACAGAGGUCACCUGGUCCUGAUGCACGGCUAACUAAUCCAUCCUGGCAAAAUACAGACACCAAAAAACAAAAACAGUCUAAAAGCAAGAACAAAAACCAGCCUAAAACCAGUCCAACACUGGUCUAAAACAAGUCCACAACCCGUCCAAAACCAGUGUAAAACCAUCCCAAAACAAAUGCUAACCAACCCCAAACCAUUUCAGAUGUUUUAGACUAUUGGCAGAACGGCGUUGUGCUUAAACUCCCACAAUGCACUCUGCUUUAACAUGAACUGUAGCCUGCAGACCUCAUACUCCUGUUUGUGACUUUUGUGAUUGUCAUUAUUGAGAUCUUUCUGGUUAAACUCUGAUUAAAUAAUUUCUUUAUUGAAACCAUCAGGAAGUUUUUAUUGUGUUUUAUUUCCCAGCUAUAAACAGCCUCAGCUGCUCUUUCUGUUGGAUUUAUUUUGAGUGUUUUCCUGCUGACAGAAUGAGUUAAAUGUGUAAAUCAUUUUCAUCUGCAGGCUUUCAGCUUCCUACAGGUUUAACUGGUUUGAUUCAAUCCGCCUCCUGGAAACAGCUACGGAAGCUCUGCGGUCCAAACUGAGGAAAGCAUCAACACCAUGACGCUCCGUGAUUAAAACAUGAUGCACGACGUGGAAGUGCACAGUGCGGCCAUUAUCGGACAGAGGGCUGAGGUGUGUUUGUACUGCUGGAAGAGAAAACACCAAAACGCAAACGUCUGUCCGAUAAUGGAAGCAGAGGCGGUGACACGACCCAGGUGAGCGCAGUUGGACCUGUCAGAGAAUCGUAAAAUCCGCGGAUGAUCCACGCCGUGACCGUGGACAUGUGCUAAUCAGCUGAUGCGCCACAGCCGCUAUUUAACCUCAGCACGGCGCAGAGCUCCGAGGACGGACCGAGACGCCGGCAGGAUGCCCCCCUUCGACAAGAGCCAGCUGAACAACAAACGCUUCAAACAGCGCAAGACUUUCGCGACACGCAGGCAGGAGGUGGCGGGGAUCCGGUCCAAGUUCCCCAACAAGGUGCCGGUCAUCAUCGAGCGCUACGAGCGGGAGAAGUUCCUGCCUCCUCUGGACAAGACCAAGUUCCUGGUUCCCCACGAGCUCACCAUGACGCAGUUCGUCACCGUCAUCAGGAAGCGCAUGGCGCUGCUGCCCAGUCAGGCCUUCUACCUGCUCAUCAACAACAGCGGGCUGCCCAGCAUGUCGCUCACCAUGGCUCAGGUGUACAAGGACCACCAGGACGAGGACGGCUUCCUCUACAUGACCUACGCCUCGCAGGAGAUGUUCGGACGGCGAGCAGCUCCACGCUCGGCCUCCGUCUGCUGAAAGACUGAACGCUGAGGAAACAUUCCGCCUCUGUUACUGUGGAAGGACGGAUUUUAAUGAUUGAUCCAAUAAAUGUUCUGUCCAAACCUAGUGACCAGGUGCAGUCAGGCGCUUCAGGGCUUUGUCUUCUUACACUCACUACGUUCUGCAGCGGUUCUGUUUCUGCAGCUGAAACGUUUGAUGGGAAAGUUCUACUCACUACUUCUGUUCUCAGCAGGAACGUUUCUGUUGGUUCCCAGAACGUUCUUCUGAAAGGUAGGACGACCAAACGCCUUCUAAGGUUUUCUGAGAACGUUGUUAGAACCAAGAAAUUAAAGACAUUACUGUCCAUUUUAUUUUCUUGGUUUGGGAAUAAAAUGACUAAAAACAA